UUGUGUGAGUGAGCAUUGUGCGCGGCUGAGAAGAAUCGUAGAACCUCAUCGGAUUUUGUUUAAUAAAAAAUAAACGAAAUGGAGCAUCAUACAUACGCUAAAAGUGACGCGAAAUCAUGGACCGUAGAGCAGACGCGCCGCCUGGUGACAAAGCGCAUAAAUGCGGAUCAUAUGUUCAAGAAACCCUCGCUGCGGAACGAGCGGGAGUGGAAGGCUUUUAAGGAAAUGGCUAAGAUUGAUGAUUUUGAUUGGAAAGAAUUGCGAAAUCAAUGGCAAGCCCUGCUGCAAGUCUAUCGCAUUAAUAGAAAUGGCAUCAGUGCGCCAAUCACCAAUCAGAUUAUCGUAGCAAUCAACAAGAAAUGGGAGUUUUUCGGUGAAAUCCAUCAAUAUAUGAUCAAGAAGAAUGACCAUCAUUCGUAUGCACAGAAUGCAACGAAUGAUCUGAAUGCGCAGUCGAAAGUGACUAAGCAGGUAACCAAAAACGUAACCAUCGAAGUGGCACCGGAAAUCGUGCCCCCAAGUCCUAAAACUCCGAAAAAUGUGGUGGAAGUAACCCAGUUGAUGUUUAUCCUAAGAAGGAUAUCGAGAAGGGUUCCCUAAACGCAGCAGAGAUUAAGACGGAAAAAGGUGAAGAGGCGAACGACAAUGGGGUGGAGGUCGUCGUCGCACCUGAACCAUUUGUUUUUAUUCCUGAGACAGCGAAAAACGUGCCACCAAAUCAGCAGGACAACGCCAAGGAAGACGAGGGCAAGAAGGGUUUCAUAGCCCCAACAAAGAAUAAGACGGCAAAUCGUUCUUUGACUCUGCCAAUAGGGGAGAGAGGGCCACUCUCGCAAUCUCUGCCCCCCCCCAUAGUCCGAGAACAAUGAAAACAAAAAAACCUCUGCUCAGCCCGAGGCUCGUAAGUCUCGCAAGCGUCCGGCUGAAGAGGAACUCAGCGAGAAGGAUAAGGACUACAAACAUUGCAGUCGCUAUUAUCAGCUUAUGGAGAAGCGUCUCAAAUUAUUGGGCCGGGCUUUGAGUAAAAUGUUGAUCCCUUUGGCCACAUUUCUAGAUGUUCAGAUCGAGGUGUCGGAUCUAGAGGAGUUAUUUGCAGCCGACUCGGAGCCAUCGCCGGUUGGCAGUGUCAGUAGCACUGAUGAGGACUCCAAUCAGUAAUAAACAAAAGAUCGAAACAGAGUACUGGGCGAGUAGUCUAUAAGUAAGGAAGAAGAGGAGCCCAAGGCAGAGCCAAAGAAGCUACCACUGAAACAGGGUCCACGUUUUUGUUAUCCCCCCAUAUUAUUUGUAAUUUUUUUUUUUUUGUGUUAGUUCCUAGCUGCUGCCCCGCAAAUGAGUGCGUGAAAAUCAGGAAUAAACCAAAGGUCGAAACAGAGUACUGGGCGAGUAGUCUAUAAGUAAGGAAGAAGAGGAGCCCAAGGCAGAGCUAAAGAAGCUACCACUGAAACAGGGUCCACGUUUUUGUUAUCCCCCCAUAUUAUUUGUAAUUUUUUUUUUUUUGUGUUAGUUCCUAGCUGCUGCCCCGCAAAGGAGUGCGUGCAAAAGACUUUGUGUUAGUUCCUAGUUUCUGCCCCGCAAAUGAGUACGUGAAAAUCAGGAAUAAACCAAAGGUCGAAACAGAGUACUGGGCGAGUAGUCUAUAAGUAAGGAAGAAGAGGAGCCCAAGGCAGAGCUAAAGAAGCUACCACUGAAACAGGGUCCACGUUUUUGUUAUCCCCCCAUAUUAUUUGUAAUUUUUUUUUUUGUGUUAGUUCCUAGCUGCUGCCCCGCAAAGGAGUGCGUGAAAAUCAGGAAUAAACCAAAGGUCGAAACAGAGUACUGGGCGAGUAGUCUAUAAGUAAGGAAGAAGAGGAGCCCAAGGCAGAGCUAAAGAAGCUACCACUGAAACAGGGUCCACGUUUUUGUUAUCCCCCCAUAUUAUUUGUAAUUUUUUUUUUGUGUUAGUUCCUAGCUGCUGCCCCGCAAAGGAGUGCGUGAAAAUCAGGAAUAAACCAAAGGUCGAAACAGAGUACUGGGCGAGUAGUCUAUAAGUAAGGAAGAAGAGGAGCCCAAGGCAGAGCUAAAGAAGCUACCACUGAAACAGGGUCCACGUUUUUGUUAACCCCCCAUAUUAUUUGUAAUUUUUUUUUUUGUGUUAGUUCCUAGCUGCUGCCCCGCAAAGGAGUGCGUGCAAAAGACUUAUAAAUAAGAAACGAAAAGGAAAAGACUAUUACUCGUAUUAACUAAAAACGUUAUCGAAAUUUAAGAAAGACAAAAAUACACACUGAUAGAUAGGUGCUGUUGAAUCGUUAAGCAAAGACUAGAUUUAAUAUUACAAGAAAGAAGGAAACAGAAAAGCUACACAUUAAAAGUUGGAGAAGAAAGGAAACAAAAAAGAAUACAGAAAGCUGAAGACAGAAUAAACAACAACAUCGAACAUAAUAGCAAUAAAUUUUACAACGAAUUGUUAAACAAAUCAAAAUCAAGAAGAAGAGAUCGCAA